AAAAUUGGUUGGUUUACACCUGACCUCUCUGAACAAAGUGUUAGCGAUAUUUGACAUUUAAAUGUACAAGAAUGCACGAUUGUCAGCUUUAAUUAAAUGUAUUAUGUGUGAAACCCCUGUGUGAAACCAAGAGAAAUUUAUUCAUUGGUUUAUUAUAUGAUUGCAAUAAGGAGGAAGAUGUCUUUUAUUUGCAACAUUUGCAAGAAGAGAUGUACGAAGGAGAUAGAGCUUAAGUCACACAUGAACUGGCAUGCCACGUACUCUGGAGAGUUCUCGAUAAAGUGCGAGUUCUGUGACAGGCUGUUCGAUCAUGUGCAACAUAUGGAAAAUCACAGGUUCUUCGUACACAUCAGACAGAAGCCUACUGUCAAAUGUCAGCUGUGUGACAAAGUCUUCGCUCAUAAGAGAAGUUUUUUGAGACACAACAAAAGUUUCCAUCUCAAUAGCAAGGAGUUUGUUUGUGUCAUCUGUAAUAAAGGUUUUGCACGAAAAGAAUAUUUGAACAAACAUUAUUUGAUGCAUGAAAAAGAAUGUGAAAAGAGUUUUGUGGGAUCGAUAAAUGAAGGCUCAAACAUGGUCGCAAAAGUUGAGGCUGACAGUGAAUAUGAAGAUAAUGAAGAAGUUAAGGUGGAACAGAAUCCAAGUGAGGUAAGCAUUAUUAUACCCCUACCAUACACUGUGGAAAGGACUAUACUGGUAUUUGUAUGUCCAUCUCCACAAUGUCUGUUUUAUAAAUCCUAUGCUACCUGAUUGAUUUUCAACGAACUUGGCUCAAAUAUUAAUUUUAUGAAGGUUUAGAUUGUUUACUGUGAGUCACUCACUCUUUACUGCUGUGAAUAAGAAACCAGGCAAAGACUUUAGAUUCUAGACUUUAGAGC